AUGCGUUCUUUAAUUAGAAACUUCCCCCCAAAAAAGGUGAUCCGGGAUUUCACCUCGGUCCUGGGCCUCGAUGGGAUUACUGAAGGUGCCCAUGACGUUUUCUACGUUGCCGGAUCCAACACUACCUCCGACAAUAUCAGCGACCCACCAACGAACGCGACUCACGUUUGGGAGGUCGAUUUCAAUACAGACACUGGAAAUCCGACAAUCAAGCUAUUGUGCCGACCCAUGGCACCCACCGGAUUCAAUGGGUUGGCAACCUUCAAUGAGACAAUCCUGCUUGCCAGCGCCUCCUACCAGGAUGCUAUCUUCGCCAUUGAUACCCGAACCGGGCGGACAUGGGAGGCCAUUAAGCAAGAGAACUUGAUGUCCAUGAUUAACGGCAUUAAAGUCUCGGAUGGCUUUGUCUAUUGGGCUGCUGGUGGUGCACUAUACCGGGCGGAGCUAUACGCUAAUAUCACUGCUGGUACAGGACAGCUGAUCUACCAGGGCAGCGCGAUUGAUGAUUUUGCCAUUGCGCCCAAUGGAUUCGCUCUCAACUCUACUUUUGGGCCCGACUACAAGUUUGCCUACCUUGCUACCGCUAGUGGAAACACUAUCGAGCAAGUCAUCUUUACCCAGAAUGGAACAGCUGUCGGUGCUGGGACUAUUGCUGGCUCCGAGGACUCGACCGAAAUUGCUGAGCCUACCGGUGUUUUCUUCGGGAGGGGCGCUGGCCAAUUGAACAAGAUCUAUGUCACUACCGGUGGCGGUAGCGCCGUCAAUGUUGACGUGAAUGGCACUGACGUUGCCGUCGGUGCACAGCUUCUGGGAAUUCAGCUAUUCUAG